UCGAAUGAGAGUCGUGGCUUUCAAGAGUGUUGUUUACAGCUUUACAGGCUUCAACAGAGCACGUGGAAAACGCUCGGCACAGAAAACGAACAAAAGAGGUAGUUGGAAAAUGCAGCCUUGCCACCGUUCAAGUUGGCGUAGGCGGCGCACCCAAACCGCCUACCCCCUCAAUCAUUCGCAUAGAUAUGUAAGACCAUCAAUUCAACCAAACAAAAUACCAAGCUCCCACAUUCAUUCACCUCUCUAACUAACGGUGUCUCGAAGAAUUGAUCGAAAAUGGGCUUCAUAGCCGCCCUCUCUAGAGCUAAGUCCGCCGUGAAGUCCCAUGCCAUGCUCCGCCGCAUGAGCAAUAUCCCCGAGAGCACCGUCUACGGCGGCCCGAAGCCCCAGACUCCCAACCAAAGAGUGACGCUGACCAACUUGAAGCAAAAGCACCGGAAGGGCGAGCCCAUAACGGUCGUGACCGCUUACGAUUACCCGUCAGCGGUGCACCUUGACUCCGCAGGCAUCGACGUGUGCCUCGUCGGUGACUCGGCCUCCAUGGUCGUGCACGGCCACGACACAACCCUCCCUAUCUCGCUCGACGAGAUGAUUGUUCAUUGCCGCGCGGUGGCGCGUGGCGCGACCCGCCCGCUUCUCAUCGGGGACUUGCCCUUUGGGACCUACGAAUCCAGCACCAGUCAGGCAGUUGAUACGGCGGUGAGGGUUUUGAAGGAAGGAGGAAUGGAUGCGAUAAAAUUGGAAGGAGGAUCGCCUUCGAGAAUCACUGCAGCAAGAGCUAUUGUUGAAGCUGGGAUUGCAGUGAUGGGACAUGUGGGACUCACACCUCAGGCCAUUAGUGCUCUUGGGGGAUUCAGGCCUCAGGGCAAGAAUCUUGCUAGUGCUCUCAAGGUUGUGGAGACUGCGCUGGCUUUGCAGGAAGUGGGGUGUUUUUCUGUUGUUCUGGAAUGUGUGCCUCCGCCGGUGGCUGCCGCAGCUACAUCAGCUCUUCGAAUUCCUACCAUUGGUAUUGGGGCUGGACCUUUUUGCAGCGGGCAGGUUCUAGUUUACCAUGAUUUGCUUGGAAUGCUUCAGCAUCCCCAUCAUGCCAAGGUUACACCGAAGUUCUGUAAGAAGUAUGCACAUGUGGGAGAUGUCAUCAACAAAGCUCUAUUGGAGUACAAGGAAGAAGUCACAAAUGGUUCAUUUCCUGGUCCUGCCCACAGCCCCUAUAAAAUCAGUGCGAGUGAUGUUGACAGCUUCUCAAAUGAGCUGCAGAAGUUAGGUUUGGACAAGGCAGCAUCUGCAGCAGCCGAAGCAGCUGAGAAGAUUGGCACUGCUUAAUCCCGUGCAAGUAGUUUAUUUUCAGAUAAUUCCACUGGCAGAGCCUUCUUCCGGUGGUGGGAUUUUGAUUUAAUUCGCAUUUUUAUAUUUUGCUACUUCUUUAAUUGAUGAGAAUGUCCUUUUUUACAGCAGUUGAAUGUAGUUGGCAGUUUGUUAGCAUUUCAUUUUUUCCUCCUUCCUGUCAUGUUUAUGAUUUGAAGAACAUGUCAAAUAUAAACUCUUAAAAGGGUUUUAUCUUAAUUUAUUUGCUGUGGA